UACUGGGAAUUCACACCAUGUUCAGAAGGCAGAAGCUCCUGGCUUCAGAACGCAAGAGGGAAUUAUUUCCCCAGAGAGGUACCCAGUCCCUAUUGAAGAAUGAUAUGAGAAAUUUUCACUCUUUGUCGCGAUUUGUCCUCUCCGUGGGCCCUCUACGUCCAACGACAGCCGUCAAACGCUCAAAAUCUUCCCACUUUGAGAUUGAAGUACUUGAUGCACACACCAGAAAACAGAUCUGCAUCGUGGAUAAAGUGACACAAACAUCCACCAUUCAUGAUGUUAAACAGAAAUUUCACAAAGCAUGUCCGAAGUGGUGCCCUUCCCAAAUUGGUCUGCAGCUGGAAUGCGGUGGGCCUUUUCUGAGGGACUCCGUCACCAUCCACAGUGUCGCAAGCUCCUCCAUUGUCACCCUCUAUUUCACAGACCUGGGCCAGCAGGUCCGCUGGGUCACGGUAUUUUUGGCUGAGUACACAGGACCUCUGCUUAUCUACUUCCUCUUUUAUUUGAGGAUCCCGUAUAUAUAUGAUGUGAAGGAGAGCGCUGGAAAUUCACGCCACCCAGUGGUGCACUUGGCUUGUGUCUGUCACUGCGCGCACUACCUCCGAUGCCUUUUGGAAACUUUAUUUGUUCACAAAGUUUCUGCAGGGCAUACACCUUUGAAAAAUCUGAUGAAGAGUUGUGCCUUUUACUGGGGAUUUACUUCUUGGAUGGCCUACUACAUCAACCACCCCCAGUACACACCACCAUCAUUUGGAAACAGGCAAAUCCUGGUAUCUGCUAUCAGUUUUCUGAUUUGUGAAGCUGGAAACCAUUUCAUCAAUGUGAUGCUGUCUCAUCCCAGUCACACAGGAAAUAAUGCCUGUUUCCCAAGUCCAAACUACAACCCCUUCACAUGGAUAUUUUUCCUAGUUUCAUGUCCUAACUACACCUAUGAGCUUGGAGCCUGGAUUAGUUUCACAGUCAUGACACAAACAUUACCAGUUGGGAUUUUUACACUUUUGAUGAGUAUCCAGAUGUCUUUAUGGGCACAAAAGAAACAUAAGAUCUAUCUGAAGAAAUUCAACUCAUAUAUGCAUAGAAAAUCAGCGAUAAUUCCACUCAUCUUGUGAAGAAAUAAAUAAUCUUAUCUCCUUUAGAAAAAUUCACUGUCUCUGACUUAGUCAAGAUGGUUAACUUUGUGUUUCAGUAAUUAAUGAACAACAGUAUUUUUACUGGAUAAAAAUAUAAAUUCUACCAUUUAUAUUUUAUAUUUUACCCAGUAAAAAUACAAAAUGGUAGGAUUUAGCUGAAUUGAGAGGUAAUUAAACCCAAUGGGAUGAAAAGUAGAAAUUUUAAAAGAAUGAAGAACAUGUUGACUCUAUUUGCACAGGAUUGGUCCUUGAAAAAAAUUUCAGUGCUAUUUCACAAUAUUGUUUGCAUAAGACAACUAAAAUACCAACAG